AUGAAUGAUUAUAAAGUGAAAGCUCAAACAUAUAUGACUAAAACUAAAGCAUAUCAAGAAUUGAGAACAUUAAACCCACUUGAAUCUUUAGUUAAAAGAGCAAAUAUUUUUCUUCUUGGAUUAUGGGCUAAUAAACAUAUCACCCAAAAACAAUAUGAAAAACUAAAGGUUAAACAAGAAAAGGCUGAAUUAGGCCAUCUGUAUUUCUUACCUAAAGCACACAAACCAAGAACACCAUUAAAACCGAUAAUGGCAGGUCUAAAGUCUCCAAAUAUAGCAUUAUCAAAAUGGUUAGUUGGACUAUUAAGGCCUCUAUUUGAUCAUUUGGAUUGUGGGACAACCAUUCUAAAUGGUGCUCAAUUAAUAAAACAAGUUGAAAGAUGGUCACCUAAAUACAUAACACCAGCCAAACAUUUAUAA